AUGGAGUGCGCCCUGGACGCCCAGAGCCUGAUCAGCAUCUCCCUGCGCAAGAUCCACAGCUCCCGGACCCAGCGCGGCGGCAUCAAGCUGCACAAGAACCUCCUGGUGUCCUACGUGCUCCGCAACGCGCGCCAGCUCUACCUGAGCGAGCGUUACGCGGAGCUCUACCGGCGCCAGCAGCAGCAGCAGCAACAGCAGCAGCCACCUCACCACCAGCAUCAGCACCUCGCGUACGCCGCGCCGGGCAUGCCGGCCAGCGCGGCCGACUUCGGCCCGCUCCAACUUGGCGGCGGCGGGGACGCGGAGGCGCGCGAGCCUGCUGCCCGGCACCAGCUGCACCAGCUCCACCAGCUGCACCUUCAGCAGCAGCUGCACCAACACCAGCACCCGGCGCCCAGGGGCUGUGUGGCGGCGGCCGGGGCGCUCACGGGCGGCGCGGGGGCGCUCUCGGAUGCGCCGCUGCCGCCGCCUGCGCCCGCCACUCUCUGCCCGCGGGACCCUCGCACCUCGGCCGGCUGCUCCUCGCCCUCCGCGCCCCCAGGGUCCGCCCCUUCAGCCGCCACUGCCGCCUCCCCGCCAGUCUCCCCGGCCCCCUCCUCUUCCCCGGGCUUCUACCGGAGCGCGUACCCGGCACCCUCGGACUUCGGUGUGCAUUGCAGCAGCCAGACCACCGUGCUGGACCUGGACACUCACGUGGUGACCACAGUGGAGAACGGUUACUUGCACCAGGACUGCUGCGCCUCCGCCCACUGCCCCUGCUGUGGCCACGGAGCCCCGGGACCGGGCCUGGCGCCCGGAGGCGGUUGCAAGCGCAAGUAUUACCCGGGCCAGGAGGAGGAGGACGACGACGAAGAAGAAGCGGACGAGUUGGGGGCCGAGCCCCCCGGAGGCGCUCCGUUCGCCCCCUGCAAGCGCGCCCGCUUCGAGGACUUCUGCCCGGACGCGUCCCCGGACGCGUCCAACAUCUCAAACUUGAUCUCCAUCUUUGGCUCGGGCUUCUCCGGGCUGGUGAACCGACAGCCGGACUCCUCGGAGCAGCCGCCGCCGCUCAACGGGCAGCUGUGCGCCAAGCAGGCGCUCGCCAGCCUCGGCGCCUGGACUCGAGCCAUUGUCGCCUUCUAG